AACCCUUCCAUUUCCUCUGCUUUGCAGAUCAGAACCAAGGAUGGCCGGCGGCGGCACCAGCAUCAGGAAGUAUGUGGGCGCCCUCAAGGACUCCACCACCGUCAGCAUCGCCAAAGUGAACAGCGCCUACAAGCAACUGGACAUUACCAUCGUCAAGGCCACCAACCAUGUGGAGCGGCCUGCAAAGGAGAAGUACAUCAGAGAUAUCUUCAUGCAUCUUAAUUCUGGGAGGGCUCGGGCGGACGUGGCCUACUGCAUCCGCGCCCUCGCCAGACGCCUCUCCAAGACGCGCAACUGGGCGGUUGCACUCAAGACGCUAAUUGUGAUACACCGUGCCCUUCGCGAGGUUGACCCUUCUUUCCAUGACGAGCUCAUCAGUUACGGAAGAUCUAGCGGCCAGAUGCUACACAUGUCCUAUUUCAAAGAUGACUCCAGCCCUGAUGCUUGGGAUCACUCCGCGUGGGUGCACAAUUACGCUUUGUAUUUGGAAGAGAGGCUCGAAUCUUUCUGUGUGCUGAAUUAUGACGUCGAACUGGAUCCAUUGGGAACACGAGAUGUUGAUACAACUGGUUUGCUUGCACAACUGCCGGCAUUGUCGCAGCUUCUUUUCCGGCUAAACAGUUGUCAGCCGCAUGGGUCGUCAUCUUAUAACACCAUAAUCCAGCAUGCCCUUGCAAUAGUUCCUACGGAGAGUGUUAGGAUCCAGACAGCCAUUAAUGAUGGCAUACUCAACCUAGUUGACAAGUUCUUUGAUAUGCAUAGGGACGACGCUAUUCGGGCCCUUGAUAUAUACAAAAAAGCACUUAUGCAGGCAGGGCAACUUUCUGGAUUUUAUGAUACAUGUAAAACCAUACAUAUUGGGUGGGGUGAGAAGCUGUUAACAAUCAAACAGCCUCCUGCGUCAUUCUUGCAAGCUAUGGAAGAUUAUGUGAGAGAUGCUCCCCUUGCUUCAAAAAAUCAGGCUGUACUGGCAAUAGAGUACAACAGAAAACCAAAAGAGGAAGAAGCAUCAACUCCACCACCUCCUCUUCCUCAAGUAUCAACCGUGAGCCACAAAACCAAUGGUAUCGCCGACAUGGCGAUGCCAAACUUCAUGUUGAUCGAGUUUUUGGACCUGGCCGUAAUGGCCAAGAUUGUUCUUAGUAGUUGUUUCUCUACUUGUGUUCUUGAUUAA